UUCACGCACACGACCGUCUCGGGCCGCCCUUGUCAGGGCCCGCCGCACCGGCAUGCACCGCAUGUGACCCUGGCGCUGCAGGUCAGACCCCUCGAACAGGCCGCAGCUGGCCACCCUUCUGAUCACUGCCAAAAUCGGAUUUACUCAAUUCCAGGCAUGGCGAGCACCACCACCUCCGCCACCGCCGCCGCAGCCACCGAGCAGGCCGCAGAGUGCGACGAGGUGACCGAGUCGCUCGACAUGCUCGACGCCGUCCUCCUGCAGUUCGACGAGGAGAAACAGACGCCGCCGCCGCCAGAGGAGGCCGCCAGGAUCAUUUCCUCGCUCGUGGGUUCUCCGUACCAAAGCCUGCAAAGGGGCCAGGGCACCCAGACGACCUUUCCGCGGCCGAAUAAGAAGCUGAGUUCCCAGUUUGGUUCGUUGCCGUUUGACCUGUCGUCCCACGCAGCUCCGGCGGCGCCGCCCUGGCUGAACAAGGAGCAGAGCGCCAGGAACAACCUCCACCUGCCCAUUCAGAAUCCAUUAACCACGACGAUGGCCCAUUCCAGCGAGGACGAGGAGCAGUUCUCGGACGACUCGCUCGAGGGGCAGGUGUGGAGUUCGGACCGCGACCUGUCCAACGAUCGUGAGGACACCGGCAGCAGGGGCGACGUCAUUUCCGCGUCUGAGGACGGCGAGAAGGAGCAGAGCAGCAGGGACGACGGCAGAGUCAGCAUCGCCUGGAGCAUCGAGUGGAACAACCACGACAAAUCCGACGAGCCGGAUAUUAAUGGCAAGGGGACGUACGUGAUCAAGGACAAGAAGCGGCGUCUCUGCCUGGAAGAAGGUCUGUUCAAUCGGCCGCAGAUCGCGACCUCGAAGAGCUCGGACCAUUUGCACAAAUUGUCCAAACACAUUUCGCGGGGGCGCAGUUUGCCGAGUCUGAGCACGGGCAAGCCGCUGGAAAACGGCGUCGUCGUGCCCAUCGAACCCGAAGAAGAAGAAAAAGAAGCAGAGUCAAGGGUCAACGGCUUCGGCAGGGCGGGCGAAAACUCGCUCGACGCCUGCGACUCGCUCUGCGAGGAGGAAAAAAUCGUAGAACCAGUAGAAGCAGUCAAUGUUGCCAUAAUAACUUCCACUGACAAUGAGAAUCAAAAUGAGGAAAGCACGGAAAAACUCGAUAAGGAAAUUUCCGAGCCUGAAGUCGAGUCGACAGUUGAAAAAGUUGAGGAAGAAAUCUCCGUGAAGGACGAGAUUGUGGAGGAAAUCGUGCCCGUUAGUGUUGAAAAUUUACUGCCAGAGGAAAUAAUAGUCGAAGAUGAAGUCACUGUGUUAGUUAAUAACGAGGAAGAGGAAAAAGAAGAAAGUGUCGUGGUCAAAGACCAAGUUACAGAAGUGGAGCCUGAAGUGCGGGAAAAUGUUGAGCAAGAGGAGCAAGUUCAAGCGCCACCCCUCAAUGAAAUUUUGGACUCUGGAUCAGAUUCCGAGGAGGAGGAAGAGGAGGAGGUGCAACAGGUCGCUGAAACGCCCGGACCCUGCGAGUUGAGCUUCAAAAUUAUGCGGCCAAAGAUGAUUUCUCGUCCGAACUCGAUGCCGCCGACGGAGGAGAACGUGGUGGUGUACACGAACAGCGUGACGCUGUACCCUGACGCGGGGCUGAUCACGUACUACGACGACGAGCCCAAGGCCAAGCCCAUGAAGGAGGCGGUGGCGGAGGCGGCGCCGAGCCUGCUGCGGCCCAAGUCGUGCUCGGACAUCACGACGGCGGCCUUCGCCUGCGUCGACAUCAGUCUGGACGAGGAGCCGCUCAGCCUGGAGCCCAUCACCAUCGAGGCGACGUCCACCACGGUCACCAUCACCGAGACCGAGGACGAGACCCUCGAGGCCGAGGAGGAGGAGGAGGAAGGGGAGGCGGAGGAGCUGGAGGAGGAGGUGCACGAGCGGCUGAUGGAACUGCCCGUCAAGGUCGACUGCCUCGUCCAGACGGACAUUUCCGGACUGGGAAAACGGCUCUGCCUCGAGUCGCCAGGAGAGCAGGUAAAAGAAAUGGUGGUGCCUUCGAUGGCCGGCUUCACGCCAGUGACGGAGCACAAAUCUCUGGAGCUGAGCCUUCUGGCCGCGAAGAAACCCAUUCUGGGGCCGGGGGCGGAGGAGGUGCCGGCGAUCGAGAAGCCGAGCUUCGUGGCGCCGCCGGCGCUGCAGUGCCGGGAGCGGCGGCGCCAACACCUCGGCUCGCACACGGACGUGAACGCGGUGCCGGCGCACCGGCACUCGGUGCCCGAAUCCUUCCUCUUCCCCGGAAGCUUCACCAUUCCGCUCAGCUUCGCCGUGGUCAACAAGCCGGGCCUCGAGGCCGCCACCGCCGCCCCCCUCGCCGCGGCCGCCCCCGCGGAGGAGCCCCGCGAGAGGAGGAAAGAACUGCCGCCGCCGCCCCUGCCUCAACACCAAAACGUGCCAAAGUACAUUGAAAACCGCCCCCGCCAAAAGACACCGACAGAGCCUGAGUACCGGAGCGUGCACAAGAACCGUCCUCCGGUGCCGCCGCACCAGAACCUCGUCGAGCUCUACUCGGAGCCGCGUUCCUUCCCCGACGCCCCGCCGGCGGCCGCUGUGUCAGCGGCGGCGGCGGCGCCGCCCCCGCCGCCGCCUCCGCCGCUGGCGCCGACCUUCUCGGACCAGAAGCCGGCCGUGCCGGAGCACAAGGGCCCCGCGGUGCCCGCGGUGCCCGAGCACCGGUCGUCGUUCGCCGAGCAGCCGCUGCCGCCGACGCCGCUCACGCCGCUCACCCCCGACCGCCCGCUGCCUCCGUCCCCGCGGCUGCUGCCCACCUCGGCCAGCUUCCCCGUGCCCCCGGUGGCCCGCGACUCGCCCACCGUGCCCCACAGGCCCCUCCCCUCGCCCCCAAACACCCUCAAGACCCGCUCCGUCGACGCCGGCAUCGGAAAGGGACUCAGAGACCAGCUCAAAGCCCACCAGGGCUGCACGCUGCCGCCAGACCUGGGGGGCGCCACCCCUCGCAGGGGCGGCGGGGCGGCGACGGGGCGGAAGAAGCACCGAGCACCGGCGGUGCCGCCGCACGCGUCGCUACCGGAAACGCCCGUCUUCUCGCGGGGCUGCGACAUCCCGCGCGCCCCCUACCGCGCCCUGGGCAUCCCCGUGCUCAGGUCGUCCCUGUCGGAGGAGGGGGCGGCGCUGUGCGGGCCCGGCCGCGGCUGGUACCCCAAGCAGCGGCGGCCGGCGGCCCGGUCGACGGAGCACCUCGAGCAGGCCGGCUGGGGGGCGGACGGGGGCGGGGGCGGCGGGGGCCGCAAGCCGCACACGCUGCCGCCCAACAUGAGUCCGCCCAAGUUCUUCCACCGGUCGUCGCCGCGAGAGGCGCUGCGCAGGGUGACCAGCCUGCUGAUCCGCGGACGCACCACCCCCGCCGCCGCCCCUCCGCCGCCGCCCGCCUCCAACCAGCAGGCGGCCGCGGCCGCCUGCGAGACGCCGCAGCGCCACAAACGCAGCUUCUUCCGCCACUUCUGGAAAAAGUCCAAGCACUACUCGCUCGAGCAGUGACGCGCCCCCCGCGGCCCCUACCGGCCGCCGCCCCCGCCCGCCGCAGCCGCCGCGGGGGGCCCCUUCGACCUGCUCAGGCUCUUCAGACGACGCCCCCGCAACUAGCUUAAACUACACACCUGUCUGCCCCCAAAUACGCGAAAAAAACCGCCCGGAGUUGUUUCAAAAUGGUCAAAAACUGCAAUUAAUCAGGAUAUUCGCUACAGUUAAAAAUUCGCAAGACAUGAAAAUACUGUUAGACAUUUUAAAACACGAUUGAAAUAGUUUUAAAACUCCGCAUUCCUGUUUUCUCUUGAAAAUUUCU